GGGCCCCGCAGCUCCGUCACUGCCCCAACUGUCCUUUUCCGUAUCUCUGCGUACUUGCUAUUUAACGGAAAAUCUGGAGGGAGUCCGGAAUAGGAGAAGGAGAACGUUGAAAUGGCAAUGGCUGUGAGACCGAGAAGCACAGGGAUCCCACCUUGGUCUUCUUCGAUGGUAUCGUUAUCAUCAGUACCAGUUCGUAUGGGGUUCAAGUUCGAUACGAAGUCAUCGGCGAAUAGAAUUCCGUUUCUGAAAGCAAUUCGAAGUUCUCAAGCUCAAGCUCAAGCUCAAGCAUCAGCCUCCACUGUUUCUCGUAAACAGCGACGGCCUCAGAACGUAGACGGAGAGUUCUUUGUUGACCACACAUGCAUAGACUGCGAUGCUUGUCGAUGGAUGGCUCCGCAAACUUUUGCACGAGUUGAUGAACAGUCUGCAGUUCUUAAACAACCAUUAUGUGAAGAGGAACGACUAAAAGCUCUACAGGCCUUGAUUUCAUGUCCAACAAGCUCAAUCCGUACAGAGAAACCUCCUCCUGAUAUUCUACACGUGCAGAAAACAUUUCCGCUUCCAAUAGAUGAGCAGAGAGUUCCAGGUGUUUAUCACUGUGGUUAUCAUUCUCCGAAAUCACAUGGGGCAGCUUCUUAUUUGAUUGUUCAUCCUGAAGGAAAUAUACUUAUAGACAGCCCAAGAUUUACUGAGAGACUUGCAAGUAAUAUUGAGAAGCUGGGUGGGGCACGUUACAUGUUUCUGACCCACGAGUACUUACUCAACACAAGUGUAAAACUUUAUAUAAAGUGUUUCCAAGUGAUAUCAAUAUAUCUUAUGGUGCACAGGGAUGACAUAGCAGAUCAUGAGAGGUGGUCAAAGCGACUAAAGUGUGAUAGAAUUCUGCACUCUCUAGAGGUUGAUGAUUCUACUGCAAAUGUAGAGAUAAAGCUAGAGGGGAGUGGCCCCUGGAGCCUUUUCGAGGACAUCCAACUCAUACACACUCCAGGCCACACAGAAGGAUCAGUCUGCUUAUUUUAUACGUCCCUCGAUAUUUUGUUCACUGGGGAUCAUCUGUUUAUGACCGAAUCUGGGCUGGACUUUUCAGAGAAGUUCAACUUUUAUUCAGUUCCCAUACAAUUGAACAAUGUUCGGUUUCUGUUAGACUUGGACUUCAAGUGGUUGCUACCCGCUCAUGGAAGGAGACUUCAAUUUAAAGAUUACCAGGAGAAAAAUUCAACUCUGGAGACCUUCCUGCAGAAGAAGUCCAGUAAUAUAGAUGUGUACGCAUAACGCACUUUAUAAGUUUCAAAUCCGUUUGGUUGUAUAUGGGAUUGUGUACUGUAAUCUUAUUGUCUAUUCGCCCAAACCCUCACUGGGAUAAGAACUGGACAUGAUUUUGAUUAUGGCCACGAUAGCUGAAUAGAAUUCAAAGGUAUAAAAACCUGCCAUGUAUGUAUGUAA